AUGUAAAAAAAAAUUGAUGACGAAGAUGUUGACCCAUGUUAAUUUAUAAAAAAUUUAGAUACAGGAGAUACGUAUAGUGUUAACAAUUUUGGUGAAUUAGAGAUUGAAUUUAAGCAAUACAAACCUUUAAAUUAAAAAAAAGAUAGGUGGAAGACAUUUUGGACUAAGAUGGAAGAAAUAAAUGAAAAAUUAUAUGAUGCUUGUGAAAAAGGAGAAGAAGAAGUUGUUACAAAAUUACUUAAAGAUUAAAUUGAGUUAAAAUAAUAAGUUUAAUAAUAAAAUGGAUCUAAUAAUUCAAGUUUGAUAGGAGAUGAUUAUUAAGAGUUUAUAGGAUUAAUAAAUAUUGAUUGUAAAGGUUUGGAUGAUUGGACAGCUUUACAUCAUGCAGUGAAUAAUAGAAGAGUGGGAAUAGUUAGACUAUUACUUGAUUCUAAAGCUAAUCCUAAUUCAUGUACAUUAAUGAAGAGAACUCCUUUACAUCUAGCAUGUUUAAGAAGAAGUCUAGAAAUAGUAAAACUUCUUAUUUAACACAAAGUGGAUUUGAAUUGUUAAGAUUCUGAUUUAAAUACUCCUUUAUAUAUAAGUUCUGAAUUUGGAGAUAUAUAAAUUGUAGAAUUUUUACUGAUAAACGGGGCAGAUGGUAUGUUUUUAUAAUUAUAAUUUAUAUUAGCUUCGUUAAAGAAUUGUCAAUAAAAGUCUCCUUAUGAUGUUACUAUGUCUCCUGAAGUUAGGAAACUUCUUGAAAAGUAUGUGCCUAAUACAGAAGGUUAUUAAUCGAGAUCAUUAAUAGGAGGAUAAGUAGUUAGAAAUUCGAGAGCUGAUCAUAUUGAAAGAUUAUUAGGCAAGGUUAAUGAAUUAUCAAAAAUGGAAAUUUUGAAAUAAUAAUAAUAGAUAAUGAAUCAAAAGGAGAAAUCUGUAAGUAUUCCAUAACCUGUGGCUUAAUUUAUAGAUGUCAGUGUUAAUGUAUAUAAAUUAUAUAUUAAAAAUAGGCUUCUUCUCCAUAAGGUUAUAUAUUUCAUAAAUUACUUGGGAAGGGAAGUUUUGGAGAAGUAUAUUUUGCUACAAGAAAAUAGGAUGGAGAAUAAUUUGCUAUAAAAACUCUUUGUAAAGAGAGAGUGCUUACUAAAAAUUUAACUAGAUAUGCUUAAACAGAAAAGAAUGUUCUUAGUGUUAUGAAACAUCCUUUUAUUGUUAGAUUACAUGCAGCAUUUCAAAAUUCAUCAAAGUUAUUUAUGGUUUUAGAUUUUUGUCCAGGAGGUGAUUUAGGAUAAUUAUUAACUAAAAAUGUUAAACUUAGUGAAGAUAUUGCUAGAUUUUAUAUAUGUGAAGUUAUUUUGGCCUUGGAAUCUUUGCAUAAAAAUUGUAUCAUCUUUAGAGAUCUCAAACCAGACAAUGUAGUAUUGGAUUCUAAAGGACAUGCAAAAUUAACAGAUUUUGGAUUAUCAAAAGAAGGAGUUUAUGAUAAUAUUACUAAAAGUUUUUGUGGUUCAAUUGCUUAUCUUGCACCUGAAGUUUUAAUGAAAAGAGGUCAUUCAAGAACAGUUGAUUGGUAUUUAGUAGGUGUUCUACUUUAUGAAAUGAUUGUAGGAAUGCCACCAUAUUAUAAUUAAGAUAGAGAAAUGUUAUUUGAGAAUAUUAAAAAAGGAGUUUUAAGAAUUCCAAAAAAUAUGAGUGAAGAAGCAAAGGAUUUAAUUAGAUCACUUUUAGUCAGAGAUCCAUCUUAAAGAUUGGGAGCUAAAGCAGAUGCUGAAGAAUUAAAGAAACAUGCUUUUUUUAAAAAUAUUAAUUGGGAUGAUAUUUAUAAUAAAGUAUAAGAUGGUCCAUUUAUUGAAAAAGAUAAUACAAAAUAAUGGGUUAAAGAUACAAUUGAUGUAAUUAUUUAAUUUAUAUAUUUAGAUGAAAUUUGGUGAUUAAUCUCAAUCAAGUCAAAGGAUAUCAGAUUGGUCUUUUAUUUAAUGA